UUGGAUUAUACUUGCGCAAAUUGUCAUUCAGGUUUGGAUAGUACGCACGUUUACUGAAGUAGCACAUAUGAAAAUGUGCAUUCCUCACGUGUACGCCGUGUUCUUCUUUCUUACCUGUGUCGGCUGCAAUUCAAUUCAUGACUUACAGAAUACCCCCUAUGAAAAAUUUUCAAAAUUUCCUUUCCCGAAAACCUUUGCAGAAUGCACUGAUUUUCUUGUCAGACCGAAUACUCCUAAGGAUAUAGUACAAGCUGUACAGAACCAUUGCUUGGAUGGUUUCGUUUCAAUCGACCAUACUCACAGUUGGACAAAGAACUUGACACGCGACGAACAAAACUAUAUCAGAUCCGUAUUCAGGAAAGUCAUAAGUGAUGCUGAUAACUUAGAUAAAACCAGACAUAAGAGGGACGUUGGAUUAUUUCCAAGGAGAUUGAGACGUGAAGUAAGAGCUGCACCAUACCAACACUGGGCUGAUUAUGCUAGAAAUGUUAGAAGGCUUAAGUAUGAAACGAUUGACAAGAAUGGAAGAAGUAAAUAUAAUGUCCUUGCAGACAUUCACGGAAUAGCGGUUUCUAAUUCUCAUUUCGGACCAAAUUUUUUACCAUGGCACCGACUUUACUUGAUAUUAAUGGAAUCUGCACUUGGCACACCACUUACUUAUUGGGAUUCCACUAUUGAUCAGGAAAUUGAAGAUUGUACACAAUCAAUUCUAUGGACCGAAAAGUAUUUUGGUAAUGGAUUUGGGAUGGUGAAGACCGGUCCGUUUGCUAAUUUUGACACCCCUCUAGGAAAGCUUUUCCGAAAUAUUGGAAGUGAUGGUGCUUUGUUUUCCAAAUCUGGAGUCAACAUAAUUUUGUCAAGAUCAAGAUUUCAACAAAUUUCUGAACCAUUUGCCGAUACUGGUGCUUCAGUCGAGGGUCAACAUAACAGUAAACAUGUCUGGGUUGAUGGUGUGAUAAAUAACUUGGGAGAAAGUCCCCAUGACCCAGUCUUUUUCUGCCUUCAUACUUUCGUCGACUAUAUCUGGGAAUUGUUUAGAAAACAACAAAUAAUGAAUGGUAUUGAUCCAACUACUGAUACAGUUUUAGCACCAAAUGACCCAGAAAUUAGUUUUCAAAAUUCAACCGAUGUAUCAGUAGGACUGAGAGGAUAUUACAACAUUGAUGGUUAUUCUAAAAGAAUAGCAGACAUGGUGAAGUACGAGCCUCACCCACAAUGUCCAAUAUGUGCAGGUAGUCAAGAUUUGUAUUGUGACAAAAGAAAAGGGGUAUGUCUUACCAGAAAUAGGGAUCCAAGGGAGUAUGCUGGACGACAGGAAGAGGCCAGGAGUUUGGGAUACAGCAAUAAAAUCAACAAUAAUGGACCGAAUACUAAACCAUUUCCGAUCUACGGUAGAGACAUUCGUGUUCGUAUGGAUUCAGUUACCCUAGAUUAUGAUAACAUAUCGCUAACUGCUAGCUUGGAAAGGCCACCAACGAUGAACAUUGGUACAAAUAUAAUGGCAAACUCUCCAUUGAAUCUAGGUAAUGAACAAAGGAUCGACGGCAAUAUUAGACUUAUGAGCCCACAGUUCAACCGUUUUACCUCGCUCAUUCAAAACCAAGAUCCUAGACCUACCUUUCAAGACUCUGGUGCGACCAACAUAAACCUCCAAAGAGGACCGGUACACGUAAAUGUCCAUCAACCAAUUGAAUUCAGGGGACACAAUAGAGGGAUAAAACUUCCGAAAUAUUGAAUAUAUAAAAAAAUAUUAUUUAUGAAGGGUUUCAACAAACAUAAAUAAACCAUCAUAUUAUAUCAUAAAUGGUUUUUACAUACCUAUAUGGAAUUAUUUCCUUUCAGAACGAUAGACCUUUCUUUUUGAAGAAACAACCCGGACGAUACGAAGUUUCAAUAAAAUUUGAUUCAAGGCAUAAAAUAAUGACCUGUGUCAAGUCUUUAUUUUUCCCGAUUAAAAUGCAAACUGCAAAUUGUUAAAACAUUGAA